GUUCUUCGGGCCUACUACAACUGACGCUCCGCGUCGCCUCUGUGGCACCACGGUUGAUGAAGCCAGAGAGCCAAUCUAACAUGGAAAUAAUGUAGGCAGUGGCACUUCGGCUUGCUUUGCCGCUCCCGCCUUUUAGCUUUUUCUUGGCCUUUACGUAUCUGUCUCGCAGACAUUUCCACUUUUGACGGCAGAUUAGUUCACUUCUCCCAAGCGUUUGAGCGAUUUGUUGCCAGGCGUUCGACGUCGUUCGGUGGCCUCUGUACUUGGACGAAUCAUAUAACUGUGGGUAACGGCGGACCUCCUCGCACAACUCCUUUUCAAAACAAGCAUCCAUUUUGUUUUGCUUCUUCUGUUUUAUUUUUCAUGGUGGACUACAAACCAUCGUUGGCGCAUGCCGCCACCUACUGUACCGGAGAAUGUGUACGUAACGUCGACAUCAAGACUUUAUAAAAGAGAAGAAGAAAAAAGUGGGCGUUUCUUGUACACCACGACCCAAUCAUAGCGGUGGCCGCUGCGGCUGCAUCCAGGUGCUGCUGGAUUUAUCUUUACAUUUCGGUCAGAUUUUGCUCUACCGCGGCCAAGCAAAACUACUAAGAACUUUGGAACAAAUACUCUCUUAAAUAAGUAACGUUAUAGUUAUAAGCAGGUUAUAAGUAGACGCUAGACGCUAGACUUUUUCUUCUGGCUUCUUUUUGUGGCCUGUUAAUAUAAAAUGGAAAGCCAAUUGCGCCAUCUAGUGUUGUAAAAUCUACAUUGCCUGGUUGAUCCGGUCUUCGUCAGCCAACCCGGAAAGAGGGCUUGCCGGGAUCUGGACUGAGGCGGAUGAGACCAGAAACCUUUGUUCUGUCUCUCCUCCCAAAAUCGAGAUUUAAAAACAAGAGCCUGUCAAUGCUUCCUGCAAAAUUGCGCUCGCGUUUGUGUUGGUGGGCAAUCGGCGAUUAAUGUUUCAUGAAUCAGAAAUUAGCCGAAUCUCUUCUAUUAGGCUUUCUAAUAUUUUUUUCUGAUCGCCACAACCCGAGGGGGACAUCUGCUCGUUUUUGUUCUGUCUGCUUCUAAAUGGAAAUAAAACGGGGAGCUGAAAGUGGAAGCAGUCGAGGUAAUGAUCUUCCAGUCCACUAUCUUCGCCUCCUGGCCCCGCCCUUGCAGCUUAUAUCAGCAGCAGUGUGGCAAGUAGUGCAGCAGGGACUUGUGGACCACUACGGGAUGCUGGAGGAGUUUGUUACCAUGGUGACAGAACUGGUCCCAGAGCUGAUGAGCUACAGUCAGAGGGCUCAGCUCAUCCUGGGACUCAGGGCCAGGCUUGUUCUGGAGAUGUGUCGAGGUGAGCACCCAGUGGACAUGCAGACCAUUCAGCCACAUUUGGACAGAAUUAAAGCCCCUGUCAGCACUGCCAAGGAUCACCAUCUAACCAUAAACCAGGUGGAGGAAUCUGAGGUGAACUUUGUGGAGUUAGUGCAUUCAUUACUGGAGGAUCCCUCGGAAAGAAAAUAUUUUUUUCAGGAAAUCUUCCCUGUAUAUUUUGGCUCGAAGUAUGAUGCUGCACUCGAGAUGCUGGUGUGGGAGUUCAUAUCAAGACUGAAGGAGUUGCUGCCAGUUCCAGACUUCACACAGUUGGCAGCUUUGCUCGGAGACGCUCCAUCAUUCCUCGACGACUGUUUACAAUCCUUUUUCCCGCCAGAGGACAUGAAGGCUGUACUUGAACACCACAGAAACCUCGGUUAUUUUGAAGAGAAAGAUCCUAGAUUAUUACCGAUGGAUGACUGCAUCCUCUCCUCCCUGUCUCUGCCUCCUGGGACCAAACCUGUCAUCAGCACCACCUCUUGCUCACCUGCUCUCAAAGAUUCAAACCCUCUAGAGCACAAAGGACGUCUCAACGCUCCCUUCAACACAAGCGGCCUGGAGAGGGCGAGCAGGAGGACCUCUGAGACAGUUAGACAAAGACUAAAUGAGACAAGAGACUCGGGCGGCUGGCAGCUGCAGGUUAGAGGCGGGAACAUUUCACAGGAGAGGACAGCGCAAAGCUCAGUUAGUGCACGACCAUGCGAUGACACCAUAGACCUCACUACGUCUGAGACUGCAGACACAAAUUCAGCAGCCAACGACAACAGCCAAAGCUUGAGAGGAGGACGGGUUCUCAGGAAGAGGAAGCUGAGCGGAGGCGUAGACAUUCCCACAAAGCAGCCUUUGGAGGCGACUGCUUACCUGGAUUCGUCAGUGGAUGAUGAGAAUUCAGCUGAAUCCCCUCUAAUCUCAAUAUGGGGAGAAUAUACAGACACUCAGGAAGGUUCUUUCCCAGUUGUGACGGACACAAAAGUUCCCUGGUCGGACGAGGAGACGCUCACUCUGCUCGACAUCUGGGGGAAGGACUCGGUGCAGCGGGCCUUGAAGGGCUGCUUGAAAAACCGUCACAUAUUCACGCAGAUCGCUCAGAAGAUGGCUGAGAGAGGCUACAUGAGAACGGUGGAACAGUGCCAGACCAGGAUCAAACGACUGAAAAAAUGCUUUCGCAAGAAAAACAAGGGGAACUCCAGGCUGGAGUAUAAAUUUUACGAGCAGCUGAAGCGGGUGCUGGACUCCUCCGCUCCCUCAGAUCUCCCCGAGGUCACCUAUGACGUCGAAGAGGUCAUGGGUGACGACGAGUCCCCAGACGGCGAGGAGGACUUGCAGUUUCUCGGCCAUACGAGCCGACCGGAAAUCGGCACUAGAAGUGUUCCGUGGACUGACUUUGAGACAUUGGCCCUCAUCUACUUGUGGGGGGAAGACGAGAUGCAACAGGAGCUGAAAGGAAUGCAUAGAACCGGACACAUUUUCUCCAUCAUAUCCAACAAGAUGGCCGCCCAGGGUUUCUCCCGAACACCAGAGCAGUGCCAAACAAGGCUGAAAAGGCUGAAAUCAAAUUUCAGGCAAUGCUACCAAAACAACCUGAAGGGACAGGAGCACGUUGAGUGCAAGUUUUACCACGAACUGGGAAGCAUUUUAGUGAAGGACUUCCUUUCAGCACCGCAGCUGGAGGAAAUCCCAGAGGAGCCUGAAGACAACGACCCAUCUGUCUCCCAUCAGGCUAUCGAGUCUGCUGUGGGCGUUCAGGAAGACAGGAGGAAAGUCCCCUGGUCGGACAAAGAGACCAUCAUCCUUCUGGAGAUCUGGGGAGACCCACAGGUCCAGCAGAGCAUGAGACGCUACCCACACAACGGUCACAUUUUCACCGAAAUAUCAGAGAAACUGGGUGCCAACGGCUUCUCCCGCAGCGCAGAGCAGUGCCACACCCGGAUCAAGCGGCUGAAAGCCAACUAUCGGCAGUGUCAGGAAAACAUGAGCUCAUCCGGGACUGACCGAGUCGACUUUAAAUUCUAUGAUCUGCUGGAACAAAUCCUGGACAAGCAGCCGUCCACAUCUUCCACCGUGGUAACAGACUCCAUUGAAAUAUCAGAAGACUCCAAUGGUGAAUCAGUGACUGAGACAGAUGGAGAAAUCGGCGUGUCAACAGAAAAAGCAGCACCCAGCUCGUGGUCCGACGAGGAGACCCUGGCGCUUAUCGAGAUCUGGGGCGACGAAGACGUUCAGAGGGCACUGGGGGGUUUUGUCCACAACGGACACAUUUACGCCGACAUUUCGGAGAGAAUGCGCACUCUCUGCUACUCGAAGACCUCGGAGCAGUGCCGCUGGAAAGUCAAGUCACUGAGGAACAACUUCCGGCAGUGUUACGACAGGAAGAAAUGUGGAAGAAGAGUAGAUUAUAGAUUUUACCACCAGCUGGAACAAAUACUGGGAAAUGAGGCAGUUUCUAUUGAUGAGUAUGACGAAAGAGAAGAGCAAGCAGACCAGGAUCCAGGUGCAGAUGGUGUGAACGCAGCAUGGACGGAGCAGGAGACGGUCGCUCUCGUUGAGGUGUGGGCUGCCGACGACGUGCAGGACAGCCUGAAAACCUGUGUCCGCAACGGGCACAUAUUCGCCGACAUAUCGGAGAAAAUGGGUGCCAUGGGAUACCUGAGGACGGCGGAGCAGUGCCACUCCCGGAUCAAAAGGUUGAAGAAGAGUUACAGGCGUUACUGCAACAGCCGGAGAAGUGGAGGACGGCCCACUGUGUUUCGAUACUUCACCCUGCUGGCUCCGGUGCUCGGUGAUUCUGUGUGUGCUGAUGUGGACAGUACUGCUGCUGACACCGCCUCGCAAACCCUCAUGGACCUUAAGGAUGCUGACAUGUACGAGCAGCCGUCAGCCAGCCACCUCAAGUCCGACCUGAGCAAGAAGACGCCCUGGUCGGACCAGGAGACCCGCACGCUGCUGGAGAUCUGGGGUGAAGACAAUGUCCAGCUCACCCUGAGGGGCUGCCUGAAGAACCGCCACGUGUUUGAGUACAUCUCUGAGAAGAUGAGUGACGAGGGAUUCAUGAGGACCUCCGAGCAGUGCUACACCCGCAUUAAGCGCCUUAAACAUGGAUUCCUCCAUGAAAAGGAGGAAUAUAAAUUCUUCAGUGAGAUGGAUGAAAUUUUCAGGAGGGAGCUGAAAGUGGACGGCUCAGUCGCAGACACAUCAGUCACAGAUGAGCUGGAUGACUGCACUCAAACGAAAGAUGCCGCGGGUACCCAGUGGGUGGCCGACAGCUCGAAGCUGGUCUGGAGCGACGGGGAGACCGAGGCCCUCCUGGACGUAUGGGGGAGCGAGGCCAUCCAGGAGACCUUGAAGGGAUGCACCAAGAACAAACACAUCUUCAUCCAGAUCUCUGAGGUCAUGGCCAACCAGGGCUACAUACGCACUCCUGAACAGUGUCAGACCAGAAUAAAGAGGCUGAGGGCCAAUUUCCGACACUUCUUAGAAGGCAGAAAAGGAGAGAAACAAGAAUGCAAGUUCUUUGACCAGUUGGUGCAGAUAUUCGGCAGCAAGUAUGUAACAAACUCCGACCCCCUGGCCGAGGAUACAGCCGAUGGCGUAGAGAACUGAAACUGUCCCUCAUCGUCGAGUCAAAUCACGGGGAGGACACAGCAGCUGCACAUUGACAGAGGGACAGCCAGACGGGAAAUAAACCAGGACACUCAAACAGCUGUGGUGUAAAGUUGUUUACAGAUGACAUUUGCCUCUGUACAUACUUCAGAUACUUUUACAUUCUUCAAACACACUGUGUGUGUGUGUGUGUGUGUGUGUGUGUGUGUGUGUGUGUGUGUGU